UGGUCUCUGUAAAUUAAAAUGAUGUCAUCUGCAUAUUUUGUAUCGAGGGGGAACCCUUUGGCAUUCCAGUGCCCCGACCACUCUGCUGCUACAAGAAGCAAGCCGACUGCCUCCAUGUCCAGAGUGCUGGUUCCUCUCCUAAAACCGUGUGAAAUCUGAGGCUCUUAGAGCAGCAACCAGCCCAAAGGACCUUCUUUACCAAGCAGGGAUGGCCAUGAGCUGGUGAAACAGAUUUUUUUUUUUUUUAAAGAAGGGGGUCCACCUCGGCUUGGAUUGUCUGGCAUGGGUACAAUGUCUUAAAAAAACAGAUGACUCGCUGAGCUACUGACCAUGUUGACCACUCUCCAGAAGCAGACUGGACCACAGGAAAACAGCGAAUGGCUAUUUCUUACAGACUUUUGGAGCAAGGCACAAUCCCAGGAUACCUUCUGCAGGGCUCUAAAAUGUCUGACCGCUUACUCGCCUCCAAUGGGUCGGGACUGCCCACCGAAGCGACACCCGGGGAAAAGAAGCUGCGCUGGGCAGCUCUCCUGAUCUUCCUGGUGAUCAUCCCAACAAUCGGGGGGAACAUUCUGGUCAUCCUCGCCGUGUCCCUGGAGAAAAAGCUGCAGUAUGCUACUAAUUACUUUCUGAUGUCACUGGCAGUGGCUGACCUGCUGGUCGGGCUGUUCGUGAUGCCGAUCGCCCUCCUCACCAUCAUGUUUGAGCCAGUGUGGCCCCUUCCGCUUGUCCUCUGCCCCGCCUGGUUGUUUCUGGAUGUGCUUUUCUCGACUGCUUCCAUCAUGCAUCUCUGCGCCAUCUCGGUGGACCGUUACAUAGCCAUCAAAAAGCCCAUCCAGGCCAGUCAAUACAACUCCCGAGCAACAGCCCUCAUCAAGAUAACCGUGGUGUGGCUCAUUUCAAUAGGUAUCGCCAUCCCUAUCCCAAUCAAAGGCAUAGAAGCUGGCGUGGGGGACCCCAACAACAUCACGUGUGUGAUCACGAAAGACCGUUUCAGCAGCUUCAUGCUCUUUGGCUCCCUGGCCUCCUUCUUCACGCCCCUCGCCAUUAUGAUCGUCACGUACUUUCUCACUAUCCAGGCGCUUCGGAAGAAGGCGUACUUGAUCAAAAACAAGCCCCCGCAGCGUUUCACCUGGUCCACUGUGUCCACAGUUUUCCAAAGGGAUGAAACACCCGGCUCAUCUCCUGAAAAGGUGGCCAUGCUAGACUUUUCUCCCAAGAAUAAAAUGGUGCCAAACUCAAGCGAUGAGAUGCUUAUUCGGCGGAUGUCCAGCAUCGGAAAAAAGUCUGUUCAAACGAUUACCAAUGAGCAGCGGGCAUCCAAGGUGCUGGGGAUUGUGUUCUUCCUCUUUCUGUUCAUGUGGUGUCCUUUCUUUAUCACCAAUGUGACAUUAGCAUCCUGUGAUUCCUGUAGCCAGACCACGCUCCAGAAGCUCAUGGAGAUAUUCGUCUGGAUCGGUUAUGUUUCCUCCGGGGUGAACCCUCUGGUUUACACGCUCUUUAAUAAGACCUUUCGGGAAGCGUUUGGGCGAUACAUCACAUGCAACUAUCGGGCCAGCAAGGCAGUGAAGCCCCUUCGGAAAUGCUCAAGCAAGACGUCCUUCAGGAAUUCCGUGGCAGAGAACUCCAAAUUCUUUGUGAGACAAGGAGUGAGGAAUGGGAUUAACCCUGUCAUGUACCAGAGCCCGAUGAGACUCUGUAGUUCUCCCACACAAUCCCAAUCCACCAUUCUACUAGACACACUACUACUCACCGAAAACGAAGUGGACAAAACCGACGAGCAGGUCAGCUACGUGUAGCAGAAUUCUUGUGCCCUUCAAACAAAUCCUGUGAUGAGCAGAACUAAGCACAGGCAGAGGGACUACUUGGGGCCAUUGCCGGUCAAAAGAACUGCAGAAUGCAUGCUACCGCAUCUUCUUACAGACCAAGAGUCGAUACUAUCAGUAUUGUUUUGUUUUCUUCAAUUGGACCAAGUGAUUCAUGAAAUAGCUAUUUUGCACAAAAAUAAAGAACAUCUAGCACUCUUUCUGUAAUUAA